CCGCCAGCAGAGGUGGCAGCACUUGAAAGGCGUUCGCCACCUACAGACCACACUGCUAAAAUAGAGGUUGAUGUAUUUACACCUCUCCGGUUAUAGUUGGAAGGGAGAUGCUCGAGGUGCUUGCCCAUCUGCUGCAAAAACAACCAGGAGUUUCAGGAUGCUCACCAAAACGCCAGGUGUUGUUGCACAGGUAUUCCUUCUUCUCAGUGUAGUUCUUGUCAUCUCUAUUGCUGUGAUUCAGAUAAACCAGCAAAAGAGCCUCUCACCAGGACUUAAGUAUGGAAUAGUGCUCGAUGCUGGAUCAUCUCGGACUACAAUUUAUGUGUAUGAAUGGCCAGCAGAAAAAGAAAAUGACACAGGAGUAGUAAGCCAAAUCUUCAAGUGCAGCGUGGAAGGUCCUGGCAUAUCCAGCUAUAAGAAUAAUCCUGGAGCCAUUGCCAAACCUUUUGAUGACUGCCUGAAUAAAGUCAAGGAGAGAAUCCCAGCUCACCUGCAUAAAAAUACUUCUGCUUAUCUGGGGGCUACAGCUGGCAUGCGACUGCUGAGGUUGCAAAAUGAAACGGCAGCCAGUGAAGUCCUUGCAAGCAUUCAAAGCUACUUCAGAGCACAGCCCUUUGAAUUUAGGGGUGCACAUAUCAUAACUGGGCCAGAGGAAGGGGUGUAUGGAUGGAUAACAGCCAACUAUUUAAUGGGCAAUUUCUUAGAGAAAAACCUUUGGAGGACAUGGGUCCGUCCUUACAGAAAAGAGACCAUGGGUGCACUGGAUCUUGGAGGAGCUUCCACUCAAAUUUCAUUUAUUCCAGAGGACUCUCAGGAUUACUCCAACAGCACCUUGCAGGUGAAGCUGUAUGGCUACGAGUACAAUGUCUACACUCACAGCUUCCAGUGUUAUGGGCGAGAUGAAGCUGAGAAAAGGCUGUUAGCAUUGCUGCUCCACAAAUCUACAGCCAGUUUCAAGGUGGAUAAUCCGUGUUACCCUCAGAAUUAUGAGACUGCAUUCACCAUGAAGUCCUUGUGUGGCAGCCUUUGCACACAGUCUCUGAGGCCAGCAAAUUAUCACCCAAACCAGCUUGUGAAAUUCCAUGGCACAGGAGAUCCUGCUCUGUGCCAGGAGAUGGUGUCUUUACUGUUUAAUAUCACUGCUUGCAGAGACAGAGAUGAAUGCCCAUUCAAUGGGAUUCAUCAGCCAAAAGUUAAAGGGAAUUUUGUGGCUUUCUCAGGAUUCUACUAUACAAUUAAUGCUUUGAAUUUAUCUGGGCACUUUUCCCUAUCAGACUUCAAUUCCAGCAUGUGGUUUUUCUGUUCACGGAGCUGGGUCCAGCUCCAUUUUAUGCUGCCUAAAUUUGAAGAAACAUAUGCUAGAUCCUACUGUUUUUCAGCAAACUUCAUUUAUUACUUGCUUGUACAUGGCUAUAAAUUUGAUGCAGAAACUUGGCCCCAGAUACAUUUCCAAAAAGAGGUUGGCAACAGCAGUAUAGCAUGGUCCCUUGGCUACAUGCUAAGCCUCACCAACAUGAUUCCAGCAGAAAGGAAGCUGAUCCAGCUACCUCUGAAACCUUCUUUGUUCGUUGGGCUCCUCUUCCUCUUCGCAACCAUGGCACUGUUAUGCCUUCUCUUCCUUGUUUACUUGUGCGUUGCAUCAUGUAACCAAAAGAACAUCAGUCAUGUUGAACAAGUAUUUACUCCAGAAUUUACUCCAGAAUGAACUUUUUAAGGACAAAACAAAAAUCUUUGUAAUGCUAUUAAUGCUAUUUUUU